UGCACCGCGAGAACAGACGUUGAGCUGUUAAAUGAAGGGAACAGUUCCUAUUUGUUGGACGAUAAUGGCUGCUACCCAGCAACUCUGUUUUCUGCGCGGUCCAGUCGACAUAGGAGGGCCAUCUUUAUCUGAAUCGUCGUCCUGAAGCCGCCAUUACCUCCGCUGCUUCUCUGGCCUGGCUGCCGACCCACGAUGCAUUGCCAGAGGGCUUCGGGUGUCUCAUACAGACCGAUGUAACUGUUGCCGCUGCCACUCACCAGCCAGUCCACAUUGCACAAACACAGCCAAAAGGUCCUGUCCUGCUUGAUCUUGUUCAUCAUUUUACUGAAACCAUGUCUGGCCCAGGGGACUUACCAGCCAUAGAGGACUCCGGGAUGGGCGGGAUGAAGCUUCCCAUCGGGAUGACCCGACGGGGCCUCAGCUACGACGAUAACCUGGAGGCCCCGAUGUCCACGCCCCCCCACGACAUCAGCAUCAACAACCUAUGGAGACGACCCAUCAUACCGGAGAGAAAGUUCUCACAUCUGGCUGAGGAGGAUGAGAGUGGGACAGUGAGAAAGCCUGCAAUGCCGGACAGCACCUCCUCCAGGUCAUCAAGUGUAGUGAAAACCAAGGCCUCCUCUGUCAUCAUGAAUUCUCUCAUCACCAAGCAGACUCAGGAAAGCAUGUACAAGUUUGAGCAGAGGGCAGGGCUCACUGACACCAGCUACACUCCCCACAAAGGCCUCACCGCCGAGGAGACGAGACACCACCACCGCCUGCCCGAAUCACUCCACAAACUGCAGAUCCAGAGCAUGGAGGCCAGAGAAGAGCGGCAGAGCUCCUCCGCCCAGUCCACUCCAUCAAACACACCACACAGCUCCCCGAAACAACAACGCAGGGGCUGGUUUGGAAGUACAAGUUCAGAGAUCAGCAUCAGCUCCUCCAACAGCAGCGUGGAUCUGGGAGGAGUAGACACAGCAGUGGGAGGAGUAGGAGGCACGGUUGAGAGGUGGAGUACGUUUGGGCCACGGCCGCUCGUCCACAAGUCGACUUCUGACCUGGGAUCAGACUCCACAACCACAGGCUUUGCUCUGCAGGCGUACCGCGGCGCCCAGAAGCCAACUCCCAUGGAGGUAAUGAAGUCACAGGCCACGCGGCUAGCUGACAACCCCGCCAUUCAGAAGGUGGCUCCUCCCAAAAUGGAGAUUCCCACAGUGGAGGGUCGACGACAGGGGGCACGCCCACACAAGCUCAAACCCAGAGACAUGAACAUCCUGACGCCAUCUGGCUUCUAAGAGGACGCAUGACGCGUGGAAGCUGCUCGCUCACAUUCCCAAAGGUCCCAUGAAAUGAAAACUUUUCCGUUGCUGACCCCUCCGAAAAAUGGAUCCUGCAAGUCUGCCUUUGCAGAUACAUCCAUUUUAUCACUCUUUCCAUUUCCCAGGUUUGACAAACUUCCUCCUCAGUCAGCUGCGGAGGACAGCGCUAUUAUCAGUGUCCAUUUUUCAUGUAAAACCUCAAAGCCAUUUCAUGGGACCUUUAAACAGCAGCUCCAACAUUCAGUCCACCAUCUUUGCCACUGAAACAAUUCCAGAUAAAGAAAAGUAGACAACUUCCCAUCUGCAUUGCUUUGAGUCGUUAAUGUGUGGCUUGGCUGUAGAAUCAUACUCUCUCUUACCCUUCACCCUUUUAACUGUUACACCUGGCUGCAGCAUGCUGGCAUCAACAUGGACUUCUGAUGCCAGAUUACCUGAAGGGCCACUGACUGAUCUUAAGGACUUAAGGACUCCAGCUGAUGGUGAUCCUGGUUUAAAAAUGAUCCCCUGUAAAUGCACUUUAUCCCCACUCUCUCCAACCAGACCCAAACCAUCUCGUGUUACACAGCCCUCCAGGACGCAGAUAAAUGCAAGAAAACUUCUUCAUCUUCAGUGUCAAUGGUCUCUACAUCCUGUCUGUCUCCAGAAACAUUUCAUUUGUCUCCUUAAAGGAGCAUUUCAAUAAGCAGGGUGGGAAGAAUUAGUCUAACCAAGAACAAGUGUAUCCAAAUGCAAUUGUAAAAGAUUUGGUCUCAGGAAAUAUUUAAAAAAUUUGGCACCUGCUUGCUGAAACGUUCCACUAUUUGUUUCAUGUCUUAAUUUAUAGGUUUUUUUAUAUGCUACUGUAGCAACUUAUUUAGUAUCUUUGAGAUCAGAAGAAAAUAAUUUGUGUAAAAAUCAGAGCUGCAUGUGGCCAAGACUCACACACUGACAGUGCUGCGGUAUUUCAGGGUUUUCAGAUUGCUGGAUUCAAUCAAAAUGGAAAAAUUACAAAGACUAGAAAAACCUUUUAGGUUUCAGUGUGUGAGCUCAGUGACAUGUUUGCCUCUGUGUUUUUUAUUACCACCAAUCAAAUAAGAAGGAUUCCUGUCUCCGAUGAGCUUUGGCGCUGAACAUGCUGUGUGUAUGUUGACUGAAGUGACAAAUGGUCCUGCAGAAACCUUGUGCCACUCAGAAAAAGUGGAAGAACUUUUCACAGAUACACAGAAAACAUGUUGCCUCACACUAACGAAAAUGACUGACCAUGUUGUAGAAAACUGCAGCAAGACUUGAGCGGUUUGUCUGCUGCAGAGAUUGUACAUUCCUACAGUUCUGUUAAAUGACUUUAAACAAGGUUUCUGUGGGAUAUGUGUGUGAGAAACUCAUGUAGCACCUGGCUGAUUGUUGUUAUUUUUUCUUUUGCUAUUUAGUGGAAGCAGUCUGUUUGCUAGUACUGUAAUAGAUUCCAUGCAUAAUGAAAAAAAAAGACUGAAGAGUUUGUUUCAUUGAGUAAAAUUUGCCACUGGUAACUGCUGUCAGUUCGAUCUUGUGGUGUACACGUCUCAAGUUGGAUGCAAAACACAACACAGUCUGCUGUCAGCAGCUGUAAAUAUUAAAUGACUGUUUCUUCUCAGUUAAAGUUUAUGUUACAUAGUUUGUGUUCACAAGUGCUCGGUGUUUAAAGUGUGACGCUGUUCCCUUUAACUCUCCUCGUAACCGAAGUACCACAUCUGAAUCUUCUCCGUAUGGUGGUGUGGCUCUGUUGUACAAAUUAACUGAAUCACAGUUUCUGUUUAACUGUUCGACUUUAUUCCAGUUGAUGAGAAGGAGAUAUUGUCCUUGAUUUCUACAUUGUCUGUACACUUUGUUUUUUUUUUUUUUGCCAAAACAGUUUGGAAAUUGAGAAUAAAUGUGACAUUCUCAACAGA